GGAGCAUGUAGAUGAUUUGAGUUGAAUGCCGGUGCCUUGGCAUCGUUUGCCUGAGCUGAUGUGCGGUGCUCUACAUUCAUUUGUUGUCGGUACAGAGUUUGUGAAACACGUGUGUUUACGGAUUCAACACUCUCUGAAGACGCUGUCGUUUUUUGAAAGUAUUAAAUCAUUGUUAAGUGUCUUAAGUACAGUUCGAGGAUUAUAAAAAAAUAGUGCUUUGUGCGUAUUUAAACAAUCACAUAAUAUUUGUCGAACGCGAUGUCAGUUCUCCGCUGCGUAACGAAGCUAACCAGAGUAAUUGGAGCGUCAACACUCUUCGCAAAUCAACCCACCGUACCGCUUAGUACUGGUUUUAAUUUUAGCAAUCUCAAACGCAAUCACACCACAGGCAACACAUUCGGCAGUUCGGGUACGAUUCGAAAAGCAUCGUUAUCACCUCUGUCCGUCGAUCGCGAGACCUCCGAAAAUCAGCACCGUAGUCCGAGGUUAAAGUCCGUUCACUUUGUCGAAGAACCAUCAUCGUCAUCACCACACAACAAUCCAUCGACGUCACAUGAGAAGAUAAGCGAGGCUACCUUCGAUGGGACCAGUUCGCGUGUGGUGCUGUGCGUUGGGAAGGAACGGUACGAGUUCCCUGCGGUCUGGUUGCGCGAUAAUUGUCAGUGUGUGCAAUGCUUUCACGGGGGAUCUUCCAGCCGCGUGUUAGACUGGGAACUGUUCGAUGUGGACCGAGUGAAAGUGACGCAGGUGAGCGUACUGGAUGGUGGAAAAGCAUUGGAAGUGAUAUGGGCUAAAGACGACGGUGCGAAAGGUAGUGAAACACACCGAUCAGUUUACGAUCUACAGUGGCUUUUAAGCAGAAGCUUCAAGGCGGAGGACACUAAGCGAUAUCUCCAGGAAUGGUACCGUCCCGAGCCGAUUAUUUGGGGUGUGAGUGGGUUUGGCAAGGUGUUGCGAGAGUUUUCAUUCGAAAAGAUCCCGAUACUGCAACAGUGGAUUGAAGCGUUGAUUGCGUACGGUGUGGUCAUGAUCAAGGAUGCUCCAUUGACGGAGAACGAGUGUCGCCGGUUGGCGGAUCGGAUUGGUUUUAUCCGCAAAACACAUUACGGAGAGGAAUUCAUCGUAAAAGCAAAGGAAGGCACCAGCAAUGUGGCAUACCUUUCCACACCACUUCAAAUGCACACGGAUCUUCCCUACUAUGAUUACAAACCGGGUUGCAAUCUAUUGCACUGUCUCGUACAAUCGACGAACACCAUCGGUGGUGAAAACCUCCUCGCGGAUGGAUUUUACGUUGCGGAACAACUGCGCCAGCAUCAUCCGGACGACUUUCGGCUGCUCAGUGAAACGCUCGUCGAUUGGAGUGAUUUGGGUGCGGAUGAAGCGGGAACCUUUCACAGCAUUUAUCGUGCGCCUGUCAUCUGUAUCGGACGAGAUGGGCGCUUGGAGAGGAUCAAUCACAGUGUACCGCAGCGUGACAGCCAUUUCAGUGUGCCGAUCGAUCGCGUCGAACCGUGGUACCGAGCAAUGCAGCGCUUCGUCACCAUUCUGCAUCGGGAAGCGGUACGCUUCAAGACGGCACCGGGUGACAUUCUUACGUUCAGCAACGUACGGAUGGUGCAUGGACGUACCGGAUACACCGACACGGCGGCCAACACACGUCACAUCGUCGGUGCGUAUCUCGACUGGGAUGAAAUCUACUCGAAGUUACGCGUCCUGAAAGCUACUUCUAACAGAAAAUAACACUAAAUGUACCCAACGGAGGUUCGUUUUCAUACGUUUUGUUUUAAUUAUAUUUCGCAUUCCUGUUUCGAUAAUGUAUUGAUCUUCGCUUUGAUUCGGCGCUCGGCAAUAUAAGUUCGUGUAAUAAGUAAACAUGCAUGUCCGCUCGGUGACAACAUUACUGCACUAAAGAAACGUAGGGAUACGAUAUAUUGCGUUGCGUCCCGGGACGAACUAAAACAGGGACAGAUAAACCCUAACGAGCAUACUUUUCCUAUAAUGUUUUUACUAGACCUAGUUUAGUGAGUGAGUGAGCAGAGAUACAGACGAAAGGGAAAAUGAAAGUGAAUGAGGAAACUGUAAA